CCUCAGACUGUCUGCCUGACCAGCUAUUAAUCUCCCUUCCCACUGUCAACAGGCAUAAUCAUGACCCCCAUUCUCUCUGCCCUGCUGAGCCUUGGUGAGUCCUGGGGAAAGGGGACCCCCCAAACUCAAGGGAACUUUAGAUCCCAUUGAUGCCAGAUACACACCCAGUUUGACAGAGAAGAGGGGCCGGUCUGAGGUGGCCAAGAAAGCGGGAGAGAGAAGCUGGAAUUCUUAGAAGCAUCUUCUGGCAUCCAGGACUCACUCACACUUAAACUCUGCCUCUGGGACUUCUAUCUCCUUCCUGUGGGGGUGCUUGGUGGGCAGGAUGUGGAAAGCUGGGAGUAAUCAGUGUCCUCUCUGCCAGGACUGUGUCUGGGCCACAGGAUAAAGACACAGACGCACUCCCCAGACCCUCCCUCGUGGCAGAGAAUGGUUCUUUGGUGCUCCUAAUGAAAAGUGUGACCCUCAUAUGCCUGGGACCAUGGGAGGCUGAUGAGUAUGGCCUGGUGAAAACUCAAGGGCUUAGAAGGAAAAAGAUCAUGAGGGUGAAACCAUCUGGGAGGGAGGGCAAAUUUCACAUCUCAUCAGUGACCUUGGACCAGGCAGGAAUCUACUCCUGCCGCUACAGAAAAGUAUUCCUCUGGUCAGAGUUCAGUGACCCCCUGGAGCUGGUGGUCACAGGUCUCUAUGACCCACCCUCCCUCUCAGCCACGCCCAGCUCCACGGUGGCCUCAGGACAGAACGUGAGCCUCCAGUGUGGGUCAGAGCUAUGGUUCGACAUGUACGCCCUGUAUAAAGAUGGAGAACAGCUGACCCAAGGCAAGGCACAGCCCCAUGAAGGGAGAUUCCAAACCACCUUCCACUUCUCUCUUAUGACAUCUGCCUAUGGAGGGACUUACCAAUGCUACGCCUUUCUCAGGGACUCCCCCUACCUGUGGUCAGCUCCCAGUGACCCCCUGGAGCUCAAGGUCACAGGGACAGUCCCUCCAAGCCCUGAGAACUUGCUGUUUGGUCCUGCAGCCCAGGAUUACACAGUGGGCAACAUCAUCCGCCUCAGUCUGGCCGGGCUGGUGCUCGUCCUCCUGGGGCUCCUGCUGGCUGAAGCCUGGAAUGGCUGCAGGGGAUGCCCAGGGGGAGCUCCCCCAUCUUCUGACAGAGGGGAAGGUGGAGCUGGGGGGGCAGUGAAGGUAUAGAUCCCAAACACCCCCAGAGUCCAGUCCACAGCCAGACAGAGGAAGGGCCCUGCCUGUCCUGCCAUCUGACCCUGGCCAGAGGUGAUAAUGGCCAUCCUUUCCCCAGGCCCAAGCUGACAAUGGCCAACUUCCCCCCAGACCUCCCCCUUUUCCCCAUUACUAAUACUAUUACCCUACACAUACACUCACACUCUUCUCCCUAAUUCUAAGCCUUUCCUGAAUUCCCAGUAGAGGUGAUCAUUGACAUCGCUUAAAAAUGAAAGAGGAAAAUAUACAAGUUCAUAAUGUUAAAGCAUCCCAGGAGACAUAAAAAUCUGUAGAUUUUAUAACAUUGUCUAUCAGUGGUCAAUAGUGUGUGUGUGUGUGUGUGUGUGUGUGUGUGUGUGUGUGUAUGUGUGUAUGUGUGUAUGUGUGUAAGUAAAAAAGAUGGUAAACAACAUAAAAUAUCUUGGAGUAGUGCAGCCAAAAACAAACUCAGAAACUAUAUGAACAAAAUCGUAUAAAACUUUAUAUAUGAAUAAAAUUCAAUUUAAACAAGUGGAGAAAUAUUGAGGGUGCCUAUAUAGGCAGGACCAGUAAAAAAAUGACAAUUUCACCAAAUUAUUCUAUACAUUCAAUGCCAUCACAAUUAAAUUACCCCCCAAAAUUAUUUUACUGAGCUAGCAUGCAUUUAAGGUUA